UUGACUCUGCAUCACAUAGCAGUGAUGUUAUAUCAAAAAGUCGGGAUAUUGGUUGCAUUUCAACCUUCUCAGAAUAGUGAUCAUAGAGGUGCCAUCUAUGAGGUGAAAGGCCAUGGUUCUGCUAUUGAUCAUUCCGUUUCUGAUGCAAAUAUUGAACUGGGAAAUUUAAAUUCCGGCUUGAGAAGCCCUCAGGCGAAUAGGGAAGGUUCUGACUUGGAUAAUGUUGCUGCUGUAACAGAUUCAAGAACCAAAAGGGUCACUGAAAGCAGCCAGAAAUUUCCAAACAAUCAUAAUCUUAAUCUCAGGAAAAGUACUGAUUCUAAAUUAAACUCUUUCCAAAGCAAUGUUCAAGCAAAAUAUCAGCAAAAUCAGGAUAAGAAUCCUAAAGCUUUUGAUUCAUCUGGAAAUGAUUGCUUGGAUAAGGGAGCAUAUGACCAUGAAGCAAAUAUGUUGGACAAUCACAAUGUCAAAGAAACUUGCAAUGGCGGUUUUCACCCAAACUCAUCCCACCAUUCUUCUACUGGUGGCAUGAGAGACAAUGUCUGGAUGGAUGUAAAUGAUUCACAUGGAGGAAAACAGAAGUCAUCUGUUCGUAUCAGUCAUAAGCCUUCUGGAAUCCGUAAAUUUCAGUAUCAUCCUAUGGGAGAUCUAGAUAUGGAGGCUGAACCUUCAUAUGGAACUAAAAGUGUUGCACAUUCACAGGCAACAUCCCAACAUGUUUCACAAGGAUUGAAAGGUCAUGGCCAAGGGUACUUUGGGCAGUCAAAAUUUACUGGUUAUAGUGCUAGAGAGCCUCUAGAAACUGAGAAGGGGUGUUUUCCUAGCUUUCAAGCAAAUGAGAUGCCUUCAAAAAGCUCGAACCAGGGUUCUUCUGACAGAUAUUUUGUUGGUUCUGUGCCAAACAAAACUCCAAUGAGUCAAAACAUGCUGGUGCUUCUUCCUAAGUUUGAUCAGCCAAGAGAACAUGGCACUGCAACACACUUAAGCUCAUCUGAACGCAAUCUAUCAUCUGAAAUGCCAGAUGCAGAAACUUCUGAUGGAUCUGUAGGCCAGUUUCGGCAUAAUAGGCCUUCUACUUCCCAAGGUUUUGGUUUACAAUUAGGCCUUCCAUCUCAAAGGUUUACCAUUCCUGAUCGUGCAAUCUCAUCUCUGAGUUCUCCCCAAGCAGUUAAUUCUCUAAAUUCAGUUCAUCUCACUUCUGAGCUAGGAAGGAAGGGUCAUGCAUGGUUGGAUCCAAAAGCUUCUGUUCAGUCCUCAACUCAUGGAGCAUCCUCUGGAGACUUUAGGAAUAACGUUUCAAGUGUUUCUGAUUACCAUUUAAAUCUUCAAAACCAGCAUGUUACUAGUGAGGGUAUUCAAGCGACUCCAAGUGCAUCUAUGAAGGCACCUUUUGGUGGGUUGGCAUCUCUGCCCAAGCAGACUGAUGACUCUUCUGAGAGAGCUCAAACUAGUCAAUUGCAAAGGAAACCAGCACCUCACAUACCUGAAUCCGCUGCAGAUAACAAUCUUGCUUCCUCAGAGACUUCUCGGCCAAGUAGUAGUGACCAAAUCCACACAAGGGAUUCAGGCCAGCAAUAUCCAGUUUUGGAGGCUCUGUCAGCUUCCCAACCAUCUGUUACAUCUGAAUCUCCAAAGCCGGGUGCUUUUACCAAAAUGCCUGUUGGGUGGACCAGUGUUUCCACUCCACAUCUAUAUUAGCACAGUCAUCUCGGGCC